AAAAUGGGCUUUAGCGAACAUAACCUAUAAAAAGAGAAGAACGAGAUCGCGCGAGGAAGUCUGCUUUAAAUCGAAAAAAUGGGCGAACGCUACAAUAUUCAUAGCCAGUUGGAGCAUUUACAAUCCAAAUACAUUGGUACAGGACAUGCAGACACAACCAAGUUCGAAUGGCUGGUGAAUCAGCACAGGGAUUCCUGCAGUUCGUAUAUGGGCCACUACGAUUUGCUGAAUUUCUUUGCGAUUGCUGAGAACGAAGCCAAAGCACGAGUUAGAUUCAAUCUCAUGGAGAAGAUGCUGCAACCCUGUGGACCACCGCCUGAGAAGCCAGAGGAUUAAAUCGCGCGUUCUUGCUCGAACUUUUUUUUUUCGUGUGAUAAAAACUAAUUUUCGAAGAUAAU